AUGGGUUUGGAGACAUUUUGCGAGUUUGAUGUGCGAGAGAAUUUAUACGCGUCUCCUGGUUGUUUGGGGAGGCAGAAUGGGGAGGAUGAGUAUAGAUGGGUAUAUCUAGACUGCCCACCGCCGGCGUUUGGGGGGGGGGGGUCUGAUUUUGAUUUGGUUCACUCACUCAACACGCGCUCAUUUUCUCAUUCUCUCGCAGUCGGUUAUCAACUCCAACUCGCAGCUGGUCUGCCAUUCUAUCGUUUUUUUUGGUUUUUUUUUUCUUUAUUCGGCUCUUUCACCGGCUAUUCACUUGAUACUUACCAUCUAUCCGCCCAAAUGAAGUUCUCCCCAACCCUCCUCUUGCUGUCAGCGACCUCCCCCCUCGCAUUGGCUAUCGCCUCCCCCCAAGACAACCCCGCCGUCCCUGCCCCCUCUGGCUCUGGUACUCCUGUCCUGCGUCGCUCUGGCGCGGGUGACACGGCAGUCAACGCCCGCCAGCGUCGCGCUAUGCUUCGAAUGCGGCAACCGGGGACGGCUGAUGAUGAGGCUGUCGCUUACACGACUGAGGCAGCAGCGCCUGCCAGUACUACCGAACCCCCAGCUGAGGAGGAUGUGACCGAGGAGGAAGAAUGUGUAGAUGUUGAAGUCCCGGAUCUUGCGAACGGCACGCUGCCUCUCAAUGGGACAGAAGGAGGGAACGGGACGGCGAACGGGACGACGUUGUCGGAGCAGGAGUUGAAGGUCAAGAGGAUGGUCAAGGUCAAGCUGCCGGAUUAUAGACGGGAUGGGGAGGGGGUCAAGGAGAGGGAUACUGAGGCUGAGCUGGGGUUGACUGCUUCGAUUGCCAAGCUGCUGAGGUGGUAGAUACUCUACGACCCGGUUUUGGGGUCGUGAUUGUACGAUAGGGACGACAGCAUGUCUGGAUAUCGGCAUACAGGACGGUGGCACUGAAGGAUGCAAUAUGGUUGCAUGGAAAGGAGUCUUGCACAUGGAUUUGUCCUCACCUAGACCCGUAAAAAGCAACGCUGGUCGUAACAAAAAAGAAAAAAAAAAGAAAAAAAAGAAAAAAAAGAGAAAAAAAAGAAAAAGAACCAAAAGCCUAGAAAUCGUACAUCUAUCUCCAUCUCUAUCGUGAAAAUGUCUCGCUUCGCUGUCUAUUUCCC